AUGACUGUUCCUAAAGCACGCCAUGGUGGCCUACACAAUGCAGAUCGCAGGGCGAGGGAGCUAUACCGUUACUACCAGCCUAGUUCCCAAGCUGAGGUGGUUCCAUCUUGGCUUCCGGUGAAUGAUGGAUUCCCUUUUUCUUCACUUUCAGGAAGUACAAUCACUCCACCGAUCUCCGAAGGCUCAAUACCUUCACACAGCAGUGCAACUUUCCGACCAGCGACCGCAGUUGGCACAGAAGCUCUCAUUCUAGGUACCUCGAAUAGUACCAUGACAUCGUUUGCGCAGCUAGCGGCAUUGCGCCUGAACGUGGAGCGGGUGUUUAUAACUGUAUUGGAUCGUGAUAAGCAACACAUCAUUGCCGAAGCAACAAAAUCUCUCAAUUUGAACGAUCCGACAAUUCACGACGACAAUGACAAUGUCUGGUUGGGGGCACCCGACACCCGCAAGACAUGGAGUUUGUGCAAGGACACUGUUUCAUUACCCCCCAAUGACCGCGAGAAUGCAAACUAUCAAUUUCUAGUCGUGAAUGAUAUGGCCGAAAACGAGCGCUACAAACACCUUUCCUUCGUCGAAAACGGCCCCAACUUCCGCUUUUUCGCCGGAACUCCCUUGACAACCGAGAAGAAUAUCAAUUUGGGUUGUUUUUUCGUGCUGGACACAAAACCCCGAGAUGGAUUGACACCGCUGGAGAAGGAUACACUGGGAUCUUUAUCGAUGGUUGUGAUGGACUAUUUGAAGAUUUGCAGACAGGCUUCUGAAGGACGCCGGGCCGCCCGCCUUUCCCGCGGGCUCAGCUAUUUCGUUGAAGGAAGCUCUAGUUUCGUGGAUAAUAUCGACCCGUCGCGUACCAACAGUAUCGGCCCUUCGUCAGCAACUCCGGCAUCUUCUUACAAUCGAAUGAGUGGCUCUGGUGGCUCUCGUGGAAAUGCCUCAGAAAACGCAUCGCAAGCGCCCUCCAAUAGUCCACCGAACGAUCGAUCACUCAGCACCGACGCGCGUUCCUUCAGCUCUGUCUCGUCCGAUUCGAAAUUGGGUAACAGUUCGAAAUUGGACAACGGUUCAAAAGUAGAGUCGGGUACAGUAGAGAGCUCUCUGCCAGAAUGGCUGACAAGCAGCAGCCGAAAUAAACUACCACCAGAUGAUUCACAAGGCAACUCUUGGUGUUUCCGCAGAGCAGCCAACUUACUUCGCGAGAGUCUUGACCUGGGUAGCGACGGUGGGGUCAUUUUUCUAGAAGCCAACAAUAGCCCUUUGAUGGAUACCGAAAUGGGUAGUGAUUGUUCCGACACAGGCGGACCUGCCUCUGUACUGUCAGCAUCAACAAACGAAGAACCGUUUGCUCCCCAAGCAGGGUCAAUGGCCACAUGCCCUGCCGCCAACUUAGACCGAUCUUUCCUGCAAUUGUUGCUUCGACGCUAUCCCAAAGGAAAGCUGUGGUCCUUUCACCGCGAUGGGCUCCUCUCGACCUCAGAUGAUGACGACCAAGAAUCCGAAGACAAGGCCCUUCGUGGCACCAGUACCACCAGCCGGUCCCCACCUAGUGCUACACAGCUCUCAAAGGCCACGCGAAAGCGACGGAAAGCUGCGGAAAACUCGGUACUCAAUCAGUAUUUCCCACAUGCCGCGCAAAUUAUAUUCGUGCCUUUGUGGAAUGCUGUUUCUUCGCAGUGGUUCGGAGGGUGUUUCUGCUGGAGCACAAUUGAGACCCAGGUGUUCACCAACUCAGUUGAGCUCAGUUCAGUGCUUGGGUUUUCAUCGUCUAUCAUGGCUGAAUAUAGCCGCAUUGAAUCCCUCAUCGCAGAUCGCCAGAAAGGUGAUUUCAUUGGGAGUAUUUCGCAUGAACUCCGUAGUCCCCUACAUGGAAUCUUGGCCGCUGCCGAAUUUUUGAACAGCACCCAUCUCAAUGAAUUCCAGAACUCAUUGCUUGAAACUGUCAAUUCCUGUGGCCGGACAUUACUGGAUACAAUGAACCAGGUACUUGACUUCAGCAAAGUGGUAUCUUUGGAAAGGACCUGGCGGACAAUGAGACGCAAGAAAGAGUCGCCGCUCGAUUUCAAAGGAUCCGACAAGUUGCCGCAUCAUCUGGAUACGCUCGUGGCUACCGAUGUGGCCAUUCUUGCCGAGGAAGUCGUUGAAGGCAUCUGCCUUGGCCAUGUGUACGGCCAGAGCUCUACUGCCUCGGCGGACCUGCCCGUAUUGAUGCCACAUCAAACAAAGUCGCAGAAUCACCGGUCCAACGUCGAAGUUGUAAUCGAUGUCUCAUUCCGGGAUUGGGUCUACCGGACACAGCCGGGGGCUUUGCGACGCAUCAUUAUGAAUGUUUUUGGAAAUGCCAUGAAAUACACAGACUCUGGCCGUGUUACUUUAUCCUUGUCAGCAUCUAGUCAAUCUGAAGGACGAUCUCGGCGGCAAGGCCUCGAAGACUUGGUCACGUUGACAGUAACUGACACGGGCAAAGGUAUAUCGGAAGAAUUUUUGCGCAGCAAGCUUUACACGCCUUUUGCUCAGGAAGACGCCUUGGCUGUCGGUACUGGACUGGGACUUUCAAUUGUUCGCAGUUUGGUCAAAGCUCUGAAUGGAAGCAUUCGAAUUCGUAGCCGUCCUGGGGAGGGCACUGUUGUACAUGUAUCUCUACCCCUAGAGCGGCCUGUUGGCAAGGAAAGCCCGCCCGUCGAACCAUCUGGUCAGCUUAUCCAACAAAGAGAAACCUUGGCGCAAACUCUUCUACUACGCGAAGCAUACCCUGGUAGACGAGCCUCCAUCUGGGGCAUCGACCCAACCGACGUGACUGCCGACUCUCACUGGUCUGAAAUUGCUCGAUACCUUUUAGACUGGUAUGCUAUACAGAUCGUCGCAUGGACACCGGAAGCCGAUGUUGAUCUUGUGCUUAUGGAUGAAAACGAUUUACCAAACUUCCGCACCAUUGCACCCACAGCCACCUUGCCUGCUCUUCUCGUCCUAUGCCACAAGUCAAUGGAUUAUACUGGUGCAAAAUCCGAGUGGAUGCCUCUUGCUUCCUCCGUGAAUAUCAUCCGGCGUCCCUGUGGGCCACACAAAUUAGCCCGAAGCAUCAUGAGGUGUUUGACCCACGGCCAAUCGACAUCUGCGACGCCGUCUUCCGCUCUGAAACCAAUGAGUCUACCGAUUAGGACGUCCUCGUUACCAUCCGCACUCGAUUCGCCUCUCAUAUCCCCUGCCGAUGCCCAUAGCGCCCCCGAACUGGCAGACUGUCCCGGAGUCCGCCCCAUGACGAUAUCACCACUGCAACAUCCCUCAAGAAUCAGCACAUUGCCCGAGGAGAUUGGAGAAUCCCCUCUACCAGCACCACUGAUAGAGGGUGAAAUCCGCCCUCGACGACUAGCCCGGGUGCUUGUGGUUGACGAUAAUCGCAUAAACCUCAACCUGAUGAUGACGUUCCUCAAAAAGCGCCAGCUGACCGAGCUGGACCCAGCCGAUAAUGGCAAGGUGGCCGUUGAGGCAGUGGAGCGCAUGCAGAGUGGUUAUGAUAUCAUCUUCAUGGACAUGUCGAUGCCUGUCAUGAAUGGGUUCGAGGCUACUCGUGCUAUUCGCUCUCUCGAGAGGGAUAUAGAUGGCCGCAAGCCGGCUAUCAUCAUUGCCUUGACCGGACUCAGCAGCUCUCGCGAUGAGUCGGAUGCUAUGGCUUCUGGUGUGGAUCUAUUCCUUACAAAACCGGUAUCUUUCAGAGAAGUAGCACGACUACUAGAUGAGUGGGAAAGGGAUGAAAUGGUAACAGAACGGAAGAUGGCAUGUUGA